UGUCUCUCUACCCCUCUCUCUCUCUGGACCCCUGUCUGUUCUUCUCCCUAUCCUGCUGUAAAGUUUUCUGAACCCUGUCUGUGUAUUUGCCUACGGAACGCCUCUACCUUCCAAAAUGUCCGCCGCAACACCAACACCCCUCGACUCCGGGCUCCCACCGCCACCAUCAGCCCCCCAAACAUCUCCCCCUCACCCUAUUCCAGAACCAACUUCAACCCCUUCGUCCGCCCCCGCCACAACAAUCCCUCCAAAACCGAUUAUCCUACACCUAGGAGACGAUAUCCGAUGGAACCACGAGCUCUACGCUUCCCUGCAAUCGAAAUUCCAAAUCGAAAGAAGCUACUCCCUGGGUCGAGAAGAGUUCAAGCAGGGGUUAAGAGAGGGGAGGUGGGGUGAUUUUGUGGGCAUGUAUAGGCCGUUUUGGAACACGGGUGGGGAGAUGGGGAAUUGGGAUGAGGAAUUGAUAUCGCUAUUACCAAAGAGCUGUAAGAUAUACGCUAGUGCCGGCGCUGGUUUCGAUUGGGUUGAUACAAAGACUAUGGCGGAGCAUGGCGUCAUAUACUGCAACUCCGCCCCCUCCUGCACCGAAUCUGUCGCCGAUGCCGCCAUCUUCCUCAUCAUAUCUACCUUCCGCGCCAUGGCAUGGUCCUUCCUCGCCGCCCGCAGCUGCUCUCAAUCUCAAUUCGAAAACGCAAACCAGAACAUCGCAGCCCAAACCCACAACCCCAACAACCACAUCCUAGGCAUCGUCGGACUCGGCAAAAUCGGCUACCGCAUCGCACAAAAAGCGAGCACAGCAUUCGAAAUGAAAAUCUGGUAUCAUGAUAUCUUCAGGUUUGAGGAGAGGGAGAAGGAUGUUGGUGCGAAGUGGUGUCCGACGCUGGAGGAAUUGUUAGAAGGGAGUGAUUGCGUGAUUCUUGCUACCCCAUUCUCUGGCGCUGUGCUGUUGUCUACCAAGCAGUUUGGGCUGUUCAAGCGGGGCUCAAGGCUUGUUAACAUCGCGCGUGGGAAACUAAUUGAUGAGGAUGCGCUCAAUGUUGCAUUAGACGAGGGGAUUAUCUCUGCCGCAGGGCUCGACGUUCAUGCAAAUGAGCCGCUUGUUAAUGAGAAGCUGGCAAAGAGGGAGAAUGUGAUGGUGUUGAGUCAUACGGCGGGGGCGAGCGUGGAAAGUCAUAUUGGGUUUGAGAGAUUGGGGAUGGAGAACCUGAUUGAGUUUUUUGACGGAAGGGGCGCGAUUACACCAGUGAAUAUGCAGUGGUUGAAAAAGGAGGAAUGAUAUAUUCUUGUAGACUCGGGCUUAGUUUCUUCAGAGGAUAUUCCACUCUAUAGAAAUCCAG